CGAACCCUCCUCAAGAACCCUCCCCAGUAAGGAAGCUUCCCCACCGCGAGGCAGCUAGACGUGCGGACCGUCUCGGCCCUCCACCGGGAGUCGCCAACACCCUCGCUCGGGUCCCAGGGCCGCAAUCACUCCAGGACAACUCCAGUGUGUCUCUCAGAGCCACGCGCAGGGAAAGUGGUGCCACCACGCGCCAACCUGGCGCGGUCGUGACGUCAGGCUUACGCUAGACUGGCAAUUGGCUGGAGGCAUGUGGCGCGGACGGGCACUGGUGCGAGCGAUUGGAUAUGCUGUUAGGGGGCGGGGCCUGGGGGCGGAGCAUGCUGCGGAGAGAGUUGAAGUACUGAGCUCCGCACAGCUUCUCUGCACCUCUAGCUGGAAUCUCUGUGUUCUAGGUCAGAUCAGACAUUCUGUCACAAUGCCUGAAAUAAACACCAGCCAUCUUGAUGAAAAACAGGUUCAGCUUCUAGCAGAGAUGUGUAUUCUUAUUGAUGAAAAUGACAAUAAAAUUGGGGCUGAUACUAAGAAAAAUUGUCACCUGAAUGAAAACAUCAACAAAGGAUUACUACAUCGAGCUUUUAGUGUCUUCUUGUUUAAUACUGAAAACAAGCUCCUGUUACAGCAGAGAUCAGAUGCUAAAAUCACCUUUCCAGGUUGUUUCACCAACAGUUGCUGUAGUCAUCCCUUGAGUAACCCUGGUGAGCUGGAAGAGAACAACGCCAUCGGGGUGAAGCGAGCCGCACAGAGGCGCUUAAAGGCUGAGCUGGGGAUUCCCUUGGAAGAGGUUGAUCUAAACGAAAUGAAUUAUCUGACAAGAAUUUACUACAAGGCCCAAUCUGAUGGUAUCUGGGGCGAACAUGAAAUCGAUUACAUUUUGUUUCUGAGGAAGAAUGUAACCUUGAAUCCGGAUCCCAACGAGAUUAAAAGCUAUUGCUAUGUAUCAAAGGAAGAACUCAAAGAAAUUUUGAAGAAGGCAGCCAGUGAUGAAAUUAAGUUAACUCCGUGGUUUAAGAUUAUUUCAGAUACCUUCCUCUUUAAAUGGUGGGAUAACUUAAACCAUUUGAGUCCAUUUGUUGACCAUGAGAAAAUACAUAGAAUGUGAAUGUGUUAAUGAUUUGACAAUUUUUCUACCUAGUAAGAAUGGUUUGGUUUGGUUUUAAAUUGGGCUCCCUUGUAUUAUACAUAGGUAUUUUAGAAUCAGAAUUUGUUUUGAGAAAAGAAGAACUCAGCUGAUUUACAGCUUUAUAUUAUAUAUAUAUAUAUACAUGUGUCUAUGUGUGUAUAUAUAUAUAUAUAUAUAUAUACACACAUAUAUACACUGAUGUUUGUAAAAGACUUUUAGGAGGGGUUACUGCAAAAUUAUGCCAUGAGUAAAACUUAAUCUAGCCUGUCCAGAUACCUGGCAAUGACGGGAUUGAGGAAAUAAUGAGAAUUCAUUUUUUACAUUUUGACAAACACUUUCAGAACACUUUGCUAAUUGCCUAGUGUUUUUUAUAGCAUUAGAUUUUUAUCAUAUGGCAGGAAAUUGAGCAGAAGACACUGCUUAGCUGCUUUGAAACAGCGCUACAAGAUUAAAUGGGCAGGGCUCAGGAUACAGCUCAGUGAUACCAUGAUUGCCUUACAGGCAUGAUGUCAUGGGUUGUUGAGUCCCUAAUCCUAAAGAUAACUGUAACAACAAUUAUAACAGACAGAGCAGGCUCAGAGGAAAGUAAGUGGUUCCUUCAGUCUUCAUAUAGGAUGAUUAAUCUCAGGAAUCCUGAAUAACCAAUACUCUGGAUGCUCAAGUCUGAAGACGAUGAUACUGUAUUUACAUAUAACUUAUACAGUCUUCCCCCACACUUCACCUCAUCUCUGGCGCGGUUGUGGCACUGAACACAGUGUAAAUGCUACUGUAAAUGAUUGUGGAACUGUGCUUUAUGAUAAGAAGUCUGCAUGUGCAGUACAGAUCAAAUGUUAAUAUACAGUUGCUUUGAGCCCUUGGCUGUUUGACUCACAGAUCUGAAUACAAGGCCAGUUCUGUAUACUAAUUUUUGUCAUUUCCAGUUGAUUUUGUGCUUUAACCAUCCUGAAAUUAUUAUUUUACUACUUAAAGGUAACUGUUACUUUUGAUGGUUAUGGCAACUGAUGAGCUAUUCAGCAAAAUCUGUUUACAGUCAUGGUGACAAAGAUGGGCGUGAGUUCCACCUUAAAAGAGUUGAGAAAACCUUUGAUGCUACCACAGCUGGGCCUGGGUCAUCUUGUUGUAGGGGUCUGGCUUGUGUUAGGUGUUUAGUAGCAUUAGCACCCCUUUGUCAAGACAACCAAAAGAAGAAAAAAAACUGGGGAGGAAUGGGGAGGAGUGUUUCUCUGUAGCCCUGGCUAUCCUAGAACUCAAUCUGUAGACCAGGCUAGCCUCAGAACUCAGAGAUCCACCUUCCUCUGUCUCCAAAGAACUGGAAUUAAAGAUGUGGGCCACGUGCCCAGCAACAACCAAAAUUGUGAUGGGUGGUGCCAAGGGCGCCAUGACGGGCUCACUUUAGAGGAGUCAGUGCUAAGGUUGGUGUCCCGGAACAGGCAUAUGUAAAGACUGAGGUUAUAGAAUAUGCAUCUAUUGAUACUGUGUUUUGAUUCAUGUUCUUUUAAACUUGCCACAGGUGUGUCAAAUCUGAGUUCUUCAGACAGCUUUAUUCUUUUUUUGGGGGGGGGGGUUGGUUUUUCAAGACAGGGUUUCUCUGUGUAGCCCUGACUGUCCUGGAACUCACUCUGUAGACCAGGCUGGCCUCUAACUCAGAAAUCCACCCGCCUCUGCCUCCCAAGUGCUGGGAUUACAGGCGUGCGCCGCCGCCACCACCACCCGACCGACAGCUUUAUUCUUAAUGCUGUAUAAUAGAUCAUUUUUUUCUUAUAAAAAUUUUCUAAUUUCUUGCUAACUCAGAACAGUUGAUUUAUCAUUGGGGAUAUGACUGUGUAGUAAGUAUUUAUUGAAAAUUAAAAAUGAAUUAUUUUAA